ACACUAAAAAUUUGCCAUCUGAAGAUAAAGAUAAUAACUGUUAUCAGCAAUUAAUGGCCAUGGAAAUGCAAACUGACAUAGUACUUCAUAACGGUCCUUUUGAGUGCGCAGUGUGUUUAUGUACAUAUGAUAAUAAUGGCGUUGUGUUACGUGAUUGUUUGCAUGUAUUUUGUAGGCUUUGUCUGAAAAUGACGAUCGAACAUUCGAAAGCCGAACAAGUUGAAUGUCCGUAUAUAGACGAAAGGUACUCUUGUACGGGGGUCUUGCAACACCGUGAAAUAAAAAAGAUAUUGGAUUCAGACGAAGAGUAUGAAAGGUUUUUGCAAAGGUCAGUGGAACGAGCCAGACAGUUGUUGGCGAAAGACCACAACGGUGGAUCUUUUCAAUGCAGACGACCCGAUUGUACUGGUUGGUGUUUGAUCUACGAUAAGAAUAACGUCUUGGAAUUUAAGUGUCCUGUUUGUGGGACAGUAACGUGCGUUCGGUGUGGUUCGAUUCACACACAAGGAAGAGGAUGUAAAAAGUUCAUUGAAAACAAUGACGGCGAUGGCACGCUUGAAAAUCUUAUCGAGCGCGGAGAUGCUAUGCUUUGUCCAGGAUGUAGUACAGUUCUGUCAAAACAGCAGGGCUGCGAUUGGAUUAAAUGUGCGGUAUGUUUUAUGGAGAUUUGCUGGGCAACUAAAGGUCCAAGAUGGGGACCUAAUGGAAAAGGAGAUACUACAGCAGGAUGUAAAUGUGGCAUACCGCCUGGAAGAAAAUGUCACGUUGACUGUAAAUAUUGCCAUUAAGCAUAAACGGAAUUAGUUGUACAUUGUAUUGACUUAUACAUUAUAUAAAUUAAUUUAAUAAAAUGCUUGGAAAGUUAGGUUAAAAAAAAUAAUUAGCUCACCUCAAAAGAGGAACUUUGUUCAUUCCCAUUUAGGCUUGAAAAAUUAACUUGUCCCUUUCUCCAUUCCUACAAAGGAAUCUAUUUUGUUUUUCACGUAUUUUUGUAAUUAUAAUUAAAAAUGGUUUUCAUUUUUUCUAAUUUUUAAUUUUUUAUGAGGAUUUUCGAUGUAUAAACUGUGUGUUUUUAUGUUAUUUUUAGUGUAAUGAUAUUAUGAAUAAUAUUUAACAUGCUGUUAUAACAGUAGUUUAAAACUUACAAUUUUUGCAAUUAAGAUCAAUCCUGUAAUUUUUUUCAUGUAAGUAGACAUCACUGUGUUUCCUGUAUAGACUGUAAUAAUUAUUAUUGGUGUACCUACUUAUCAAAAUACAUGUACCGUGUUGUUGAAAUAGGUAAUUAAAUAGAAGUAAUGUUAAAAUAUAAUUAUUUGAAAUAUGUUUUGCAACAGAAAUAUAGUGGUAAAUACAUAAGUGAUGUGAAGAUGUUUAUGAUAGCUUUGUGAAAUCGUAUCUGAGUUUUCUUUGUUCUUAUAUUUAUAUGGUCUACAGUGCUCCUACCAUAACGUAAUGACUUUAAAGUCUAAGUCAUUUCAAACGACACUCUUUAAAACUUUGUAAUAUUU